AUGAGGCUGAUGCAACAUUUACAAGGGAAGAACUCCUUGCAACCAUUAAGAAUAGCAAAUCCACUGCACCCGUGGAUGAUGGAAUCACAUCAUCCGACUUCUUACAAAGAUACAGAUAUUGGAAGCAAUGGCUGUGACAGGAAUAAGAACAGGAAAGUCAACAUCAACAGCAAUAAAGACCCAUUACUCAGCCCGGCGACCGAACACACGCCCAUGAUGAGGUCACCGCGAGCGUCGCCUUUUGUUCCCGCAGGAGCUGACGAAGAAGCUGCAGGCGCAAGGGACAGUGACAGUGACAGUGACGGUGACAGUGACGGUGACAGUGACAGGGACAGUAACGGUGACAGUGACAGUGACAGGGACGGUGACAGUGACAGUGACGGUGACAGGGACAGUGACGGUGACAGUGACGGUGACAGUGACAGGGACAGUGGCAGUGACAGUAACAGUGACGGUGACAGUGACAGUGACGGUGACAGUGACAGUGACGGUGACAGGGACAGUGACGGUGACAGUGACGGUGACAGUGACAGGGACAGUGGCAGUGACAGUAACAGUGACGGUGACAGUGACAGUGACGACCGCCCUGCCGGGCAUACCUCUCACGCUACCCCAUCCUCCCUACGCCUCCUCGUCCUCGAUCCAUCUCCCCCCCACUAG